AGAAAUCGAAGCAGCCAGCAAGAAAUCAAAGGAUAACCCACAGCAGCCCAACCAGGAUUUACCAAAUCACAGCCAGUUUAAAGCGAUCUAAGCCCAGCACAAUGGAUCUUAAGCAAUUGUACUCGUGGAUCUGCCUGCUGAUCAGCAUCAUCAUCUGCAAAGUGUCCGAGGCCAAGCCCACCUACUACGACUUGGAUAGCUACGAAAACUACGACACAGAUCGCUAUGACAGCUACGGCGGGUCCUCGUACGCCCUGACCUACGGGAAACCGUUAACGGACAACCGCCUUAAGAAGCUGAGUCCGGGCUACUACUACGUGGACGAUGGGUACAUCGCCCCGGUGGCCUCCAGCGCCGGCUACACCCGCCGCGAGGGCGUCUCCGCCUCCGACAGUGGCUCCUUGCCCCACAAUGUCAAGUUUACUCCCAUCGUGCGCGUCCGGCAGACCAAGACCAAGCGCAAGAAGCUCUUCGUGCCCAACUUCUUUGGCUAGAGGGGCUUCCCCUGCUCUCCUCCUGCCGGGACUGAGACUACAGACUGAGGAUGAUAGCAUAGGCUUAGCAUUAGCAUUAGUCGCGUGGCUCCCACACCAAAAAGUACCUUAUACCUAUACGUUAUCUAUUUUAUACGCGGUCACAUGUCUGACCACAUUAUAUUUAUAUACGCAAAGCUACUAAAUAAAAAUAUCCAAAAUAUUGAAAACAUAUAUCAACUUU